AUGGUGCCUUAUGAGGCAUUGUAUUGGCACAAGUGUAGAUCGCCUAUUUCUUGGUUUAAGGUUGGUGAAUGGAGACUCCUUGAACCAGAGAUGGUUCAAGAAGCCAUUGACAGGAUUCGAUUGAGUCGAGAUAGGAUGUUGACAGCUCAAAGACAAAACUCCUACGUUGACCAUAAACAUCAAGAUUUGGAGUUUGAGGUGGGGGACCUUGUAUUUUUUAGAGUUUUGCCUACUAAGGGUAUUAUGAGAUUGGUAGGAAAGUGUUUCACAUGUUUGUAUUAUGCAAACCCUAAACCCAAUCCAACCCAUGUUAUUUGGCAUGAGGAGAUUCAGUUAGAAGAUGACUUGUCGUAUGAGGAGAUACAAGUUAAGAUUUUAGAUCGAAAAGUUAAGUUACUUUGCACUAAGGAUUUAGCUUUAGUGAAAGUUCUUUGGUGCAAUCACUCUAGUGAGGAGGUAACUUAG